AUGUCUCGUGAAGCAGAUGUGGAGUGUCAGCAGUCCCAAGGAGGCACCUCCCUCUUCUCACAACCCCACGGCUCCUCACAGUCCCAGAGCACAUCUAGCUCCUCCUCCAGCACAGUGCCCACGUCCAGCCAGUCCUCUCACUCCAGCUCUGGGACGCUGAGCUCUGUAGACACGGUGUCCACUCAGGAACUCUACUCCAUUCCUGAAGACCAAGAACCGGAGGAUCCUGUCCCUGCUCCUUGGGCUCGAUUAUGGGCCCUUCAGGAUGGAUUCUCCAAUCUCGAGUGUGUUAAUGACAACUACUGGUUUGGGAGGGACAGAAGCUGUGAAUAUUGCUUUGAUGAGCCACUACUGAAAAGAACUGACAAAUACCGGACAUACAGCAAGAAACACUUUCGGAUUUUCAGGGAAAUGGGUCCUAAAAAUUCUUACAUCGCAUACAUAGAAGAUCACAGUGGCAAUGGAACGUUUGUAAAUAGAGAGCUUGUAGGGAAAGGAAGACGCCUGCCUUUGAAUAACAAUUCUGAAAUUGCACUUUCAGUAUGGAGUAAUAAAGUCUUUGUAUUUUUUGAUCUGACUGUAGAUGAUCAGACAGUUUAUCCUAAGGAAUUAAGAGAUGAAUACAUCAUGUCAAAAACACUUGGAAGCGGUGCCUGUGGAGAGGUGAAGCUGGCUUUUGAGAGGAAAACAUGUAAGAAAGUAGCUAUCAAGAUCAUCAGCAAAAGGAAGUUUGCUAUUGGCUCUGCGAGAGAGGCAGAUCCAGCUCUUGAUGUUGAAACAGAAAUAGAAAUCCUGAAAAAGCUGAAUCAUCCUUGCAUCAUCAAGAUUAAAAACUUUUUUGAUGCAGAAGAUUAUUAUAUUGUUUUGGAAUUGAUGGAAGGAGGAGAGCUGUUUGACAGGGUGGUGGGGAACAGACGUCUGAAAGAAACUACCUGCAAACUCUAUUUUUACCAGAUGCUCCUGGCUGUCCAGUACCUUCAUGAAAAUGGCAUUAUACAUCGAGACUUAAAGCCAGAGAAUGUUCUACUGUCAUCACAAAAGGAGGACUGUCUUAUAAAGAUUACUGAUUUCGGACAGUCCAAGAUUUUGGGGGAGACCUCUCUCAUGCGAACACUUUGUGGGACCCCCACCUACUUGGCUCCCGAGGUUCUUGUUUCCUUAGGGACUGCUGGGUAUAACCGUGCUGUGGACUGCUGGAGUUUAGGAGUUAUUCUUUUUAUUUGCCUUAGUGGGUAUCCACCUUUCUCUGAGCAUAAGACUCAAGUGUCACUGAAGGAUCAGAUCACCAGUGGAAAAUACAACUUCAUUCCUGAAGUCUGGGCAGAGGUCUCAGAGAAGGCUCUGGACCUCGUCAAGAAGUUGUUGGUAGUGGACCCCAAGGCACGUUUUACAACAGAAGAAGCCUUAAGACACCCGUGGCUUCAGGAUGAGGGCAUGAAGAGAAAGUUUCAAGAACUGCUUUUGGAGGAAAAUAAAUCAACAGCUGUAACCCAGAUCCCAACCCAGCCUUCCACCAGUCAAAAGCGACCCCUGGAAGGGGAAACAGAGGAUGUUGACGCUCCAAAGCGCCUGGCUGUGUAUGCUGCAGUCUCCUGAGCACUGUGGUGUGAACAGUGAAAGAAUGUACCUUC